AAACCGUUGAUCAAAGAACGUCAUCCACCAGUGACGAGGUCCUCCCAAUAUCUGUCUGGCACCACGUCUGCCUUAUCUCCACCGCCAGCCCCCAGAACACAGAAAGAUACUCUGGCUGUGAAGGACGCAGCAGCAGAUAAGAAUGUAAGCGAUGUUCCUGAGACUAGGCCAGACGGUGUCAGGGCAGAGGAACAGCUACCACACACAACACAGAUUAAAAAGAAGAAAGACAAUAAAUUCAGCAUGAAUGAAUAUGCACAGACUAACUUGAGGAAAGGAGUGGCUCUUUCUGGACCAGAAGCUCCAGAAGAUUAUGCACUGAGAUACAAGGCAAAAGUUGCAAGACCCCCACUGGCUAGACAAGUUUCUGAAUACCAAAAACAGUUUCAGUGGAAGGAUAUGAUGAAGACUUCUCCAUUGCUUGGUGCAGAGGAAAUUGUCUUUAGGAGCAAAACUGACCUUGGCCCUUACAAGCAUGAUGGUGUGCCUAGAGUUUCGGAAUAUAGACGUCAGUUUCACCCAUGGAAAUCUGAAUCCUUCUCGUCUGAUGUAAAUCUGAAUAUAAAUAACAAUAAUAAUAACAACAACAGUAAUAACAAUAACUCAAAGGAUAACAAGGCUGAAAGAGAGAGAAAAUCUGCUAAAAGAAGCAGAAGUGCUGAAGCUGUUCCUGACCGUGAUGAAUCAGUUGAUGUAGUAAAGGAUCAACAGGCUGCAGAAUCUGCUUCCAGUGAGUUGAAAUCCAAAUUGAAACAAGCAUUUGGGAAGUCAAGAUGCAUGACCAGUGAAUACCGGGCCAACUACAAGUCACCAACAAAUUAUCGAUAUGAGAAUGGAGUAUGGAAGGGAGCAUUUCCACCACAACUGGCACCUGAUGUUGUAGCCGCAGCAAAUAUAAAUGAAAAUAACAACAGUAACAACAAUAACAACAACAAUGCUGACAGUUCUGCUGCUUCAAAUUGGUUUGCUGAGGUGAUUGAACUACGUCGCAGGGCUGAGGAAUACCGCAAGCGUGCACAAGGGACACACUUCUCUCGUGAACACUUGGUUCAGCUGCUGGCCAAACAGAAUGAAUGCUGGGACUUAGAUGCUGAAGCUUCUUCAACGAUCAAGGCUUUGAACUUGGAGAAACCUGCUCUCAGAGCUGGCGACUACAAGAAUCUUACAGACUCUAAGAAUCUUCCAGACUCCAAGAAUGUUCCCGAUUCCAAGAAUCUUCCAGACUCUGACAGUCUGAAAGAGCAAGCACCCAACAGGGAAAGUUCACCUGGUUUGUCUGAUGUUGAGGAGAUUUUUCAGGAGAAAGAGACACCGGAGAAAAGUAAACAAACUCAGAAUUUGCAGAAAGGAAGAAAGUAUGGCCAGAAUAGGAGAAGCAGAAAGAUGGCAUGGCUAGAAGAACAAAAGGAGAAGAUAGCCCAGCAGAGAAGGAGACUGGAGAAAGAAAAGGCCAGAACAGAACAAGAUGAGGAUGAUGAUUUGGAUAGAGUGCCUGCUGAGAACUUAAAGGCACGGCUGCCAACUCCUGUCCUGCAGCAAAGUGUGUCACCAGUCAGGAGACAUCAUUUAGAUCUGACAACUCCAUGUGUAGGUGGUGCUAUGCUGACUUGCCCACCAACCAGGCAAAGCAAGAUACUAGUUACAUCCCGAAGUGGACACAGCUAUGUGACUCCAUCAGAUGAUUAUCCUGCUAAAUCAUUGCAAAAGACUUAUGAUGUUGAUAAGCUAAGGACUAUGCCUAUUUAUGGAAGACCUUCAGAUGACACACACUACCUUAGGAAUGACUCUGCUGUAGACUCUGACAAACCUCUGAAGACCCAGUAUGUGGCAUCUCCUCCCUUAUAUGACAGUGAUGAUGAUAAAGAAAAUCAAGAAAGUCAACAGGACCAGAAAAAGUCGAAACAAUCCAGCAAAAAACUGAAAGCUGGUGAGCUGACAGCUGUACCAGAGGGAUAUGGUAGAACUUACAAUCUAUCGAAGCCAUUCCUAAAUCUUGAUGACAUAAGAAGCAACUUUGAUCAAAAGGACGAUGAUGUUAUGUCAGUGUCACUGAUGUCUGUGGCUUCAAGCUGCUCCCUAGCUUCAGAUGUCCUGGAGAGAACCAAGAAAAGACAAAACUUCUGGAACAAAAAGACAUAA